AUGGCUAACAAAGAACACAGGUCUGUGAAUAUCACCUCUCAACCUGAAUUAAAUCUCAUAUUUACUACGGAGAAUAUCGCCCCUUUACACAAGUCUACACGCACCCCGCUGACCAGAACCAAUCUUACCCUGGAGUUUACGGGGGUGACUUUAUGUUGUAGCAACGGAGAUAAAUGUCAGGAACGUGGAAGGGCAUUACAAGAAGCAGUCAUGUAUAGAUUUUUAUUACGGACUGCGUACCCUUCCCGUAAUUUUUCUGUCAGUGUCUACGAGUCGUGUGAGUUUGUAGCGAAAUGUGACAAGGCCGCAGCUCCAGUCUUUUGGGUUGCAAAUGGUGGUGGAGUCAGAGCUCUCAGCUCAAGUUCAGCCAGGCUCUGUGAAAAGAAAAACAAUGCAGACAUCUCUAAUCAAGAUGACAAAGCAAAUGCAGAUAAACAGGGUGACCCAACGGAAACUUUGGUUACACAGAAAGCUGAAGAUGACGGCAAAAUCUUCAAGAUGGCUGAGCAAAGUGGGGAGCCAGUGGUGUUAAAGACAGAUGAUGAAAGUACCGCACAGCAUCAGAUGGAUGUUAAAACUGAACAGGUUGUGGUAGCGCCACAACAAAUGAAGACUGAUGCGACUAAGAGUGGGAAAGAGCGUCUGAUUGACCUUCUUGGAGCCAUGAAGGUGGAAGUAACUAAUAAGAGGAAGCUCAAAAACCUAAAAGUGAAACAAGAUUUUGAGUCUGCGCCCGUGUCAAAGGGAGCUAUGGGGAGCACUGUCAGUACUUUUGAGCAGGCCACAGUCAAGACUUCAUCACAGAGUGAGAAACUGGAUCCGGAACUGGUUGCAGCUGCGUCUGCUGCUGCCUCCACCUUGCCUAACUGCAGUCAGGCCGAGUCUGAGCUGCUCAGGCGGCUGAGGCAGCAGAAGGAUGUCACCGAGGCUCAGAAGAAAGGAGACAUGAGCAACAUUAGCGUAAUUAUCGCUGACAUGAAAGUAGGGAGGAAUCCAAACCGACACAAAAUUUGGCCAAGGAAUCAGAUUCGCUUUGAUGACGAUGGGCAAGGAUACACACAGGACAGAGGAAUCACUGCUGAGCUGGACGGUGUUCGGAUGAAGAGGACGUUGUUCACAGGGAGAAGACUAAACAUCUUCUCCCCCCCCACUGAUGAAGAAGGAGUUGAAUCAACCGUUGCACGGCCAACUCUGUGGGACCUGGACUUUGCCAAUAAGUUGUCUCUAUCGAUGAACCAAAUGCCCCGCAACGGACUUGAGGAAAUGAUCCAGUGGACCAAAGAGGGAAAAAUGUGGCAGUACCCAAUCAACAAUGAAGCCGGCCUUGAGGAGGAAGCCAGUGUCUCGUUCCAUGAGCAUGUCUUCUUAGAGAAAUACUUGGAGGAGGGUUUCCCCCGUCAGGGACCAGUGCGUCACUUCAUGGAGCUUGUGGUGGCUGGUCUGUCCAAAAACCCUUAUCUGACAGUCCAGCAGAAGAAGGAGCACAUUUUCUGGUUCAGAGACUACUUCCAACAGAAAGAGGAAGUCCUCAAAGAUGCUGACGUAUACCUCAACUAACUUUAAGACAAUUAAUGUGUUUUACCAACUCCGCUGGGCCUUGCAGCUGUGUUCAGCUUUACCCAUACUGUUUUACUGGUUCCAGUAACAGAACCUCAUCUCGGAUAUUUUAACUCUUCCAGGAGAAGACUGUGUCUCGCCGUCAAACAUUGUACAGUAUUUGCUGUUACUGAAACGUUGGACAGACGAAAGAACCACUCUUUAAUCACUUCAGCAUUGAUUGUCUUACAG